UCUCGCAAACAAUCGUAGUGUGCUACGAUCACGGCUUGCAAAAGUAUUGCAUACAUCAAAACUCCGAUACCGACCGUUUGUGUACCUACCCAUGGGAAAAUAAAUAUUAGCGUUUGUUUGCAGUGGUGUUCUCUGUUUCGGCAACUUGCGUCAAAAUUUUUCAGUGAAACAAAUCAACAUAAAGAAGUACAAAAUUGAAAAUUACAUUCAAAUUGAUAAAGCCCAGUGGGAACUACUAAACACGGAAACGAAAAGGAAUGGCGAAGAGUCGUGAAAUUAUCCAACUGCACGUCGGCCAAGCGGGCGUACAAAUUGCAAGCGCGUGUUGGGAGCUGUACUGUCUGGAGCAUGGAAUUUACCCGGACGGACGGUUCUGCGAUUGCUCAAUGUAUGAUGACUGUAGCGCAUUUUUCAGCUGCGACAAAAAAGGCCGCUGCGUACCGCGGGUGGUAAUGGUGGACCUGGAGCCAUCGGUGAUAGACGAAAUACGGCUUGGCGCCUAUCGGCACUUGUUCCACCCCAGUACACUCAUCACGGGCAAAGAGGAUGCGUCGAGUAAUUUUGCGCGUGGCCAUUUCACCUUGGGCCGAAUGAUGAUCGAUCCGGUGAUGGAUCGUGUAAGGAAGGUCGCGGAAGGGUGCUCAACUGUGCAGGGUUUUAUGAUCUUCCAUAGUCAGGGUGGAGGAACGGGAUCCGGAUUCGGGACACUUGCACUAGAGAAACUGCUCGAUGAUUAUGGAAAAACGUCAAAGAUUGAAUUUAACAUUUUUCCUUCGCCAAGAAUAUCGCCCGUCAUCGUCGAGCCGUACAAUGCAGUUCUUUCCACACACGUCGGCAUGGAUUAUAGUGAUUGUUGUUUUUUGCUGGAUAAUGAAGCUAUUUACGAUGUGUGUGACAGAAGCUUGAAUGUAUCCGAACCGACAUACACGAAUUUGAAUCGGUUGAUCGCACAGAUUGUAUCAUGCAUUACAGCAUCACUGCGUUUCUCCGGUGCAAUAAAUGUUGAUCUGCUUGAGUUCCAAACGAACCUAGUCCCGUACCCCAGAAUUCACUACCCGUUAGUCACCUAUGCUCCGUUGAUCCCUUAUCGGAACGCAAAACAUGAACAGUUGACCACUACGCAAAUCACGUCGGAAUGUUUCGAACCAGGAAGUCAACUGGUAAAAUGUGAUCCACGGACAGGGAAGUACAUAUCCUGCUGUAUGUUGUACCGAGGUGACGUAUCACCGGUGGAUAUUAAUCGUUCCAUCAUAGAGCUGAAAACGAAGAAGGCCAUCAAUUUUGUUGAUUGGUGCCCCACGGGGUUCAAAAUUGGUAUUAACUAUCAACCGCCUAUCGCAGUACCGGGUGGAGAUUUGGCCAAAGUGGAUCGAGCAGUUUGUAUGCUCUCCAACAGCACCUCAGUCAGGUCUGCCUGGCAACGGAUCAUCGGAAAGUUUGAGCAAAUGUUUGAGCGGAAGGCAUUUUUUCAUCAUUACAUGGACGAAGGUUUGGAAGAAACCGAUCUCACCGAUGCAAGAGAGAAUGUUUCCGCUUUAAUAUGCGACUACGAAGAGGUCGAACGGUAGUCGGGGCGAUCGCUCAAUAGGAAAUUUUCAAUCAUCAUUACAUUAUUUAAAUACUAUGAUUAUAUACACGCAGGUGCAUUUACGAAUGCUUAUAAAUCUGCCCAGUAGAUAAGAAUCCUAUUUAUUUACUCGCCAGUCAUUUUGGAACGAUGUUGGUGUUGUGCUCGCUCACAGUGAUUUUGUCGUUACCCUUUGUUAUUCGUGGGUACUGCACCACAACUAUUUCCGGCGAUGCGUUGGAAGCAUGUGCCUUCCAUUCACUCAUGGCCAUUUCGGAACGAUCCGGUUGGGUACUGUCACGGGAGAACUGUGGCGAAACGAUUGACGCAGAGGAAGCUUUCGAAAUUCCUCCCGUAAUUUACUAUGAUUUUGCCGAACCACUGAAGCUUUACACGUUGAUUUUUUUGGAUAUGGAUGGAGCUCAUGAAGAGGGUCGAGUAUUCUUGAACUGGUUGGUGGUGAACAUUCCGGAAUCCGCUGUGAAGCAAGGCAUGACUUACAUGGAUGGUGAUACGGUGAUGGAUUAUUUAGCACCCGCUACAGGAACGUAUGAGCACCGGUAUGGCAUUUAUCUGUACGAACAGGUUUACGGUACCAGCUAUCCGUCGAUGCCCAACAAUCGCGAGGAGUUCGAUUUGACCGCUUGGAUUAAUUCGAUUUUCCCCGAGGGUGCACUUUGCGGUCCGGUUGCUUCGAUUGGAUUCAGUGCGUAAAAGGGGAAGGAACCGGGAAUCCGACGAGGAAACGGAGGGGUCAUUGCAAUCGGAACACAGAAUUUAUGGACGGCAAGGAAUGGAAAUGUAACAACCAGAUAAGAACUUAGCUGCAGUCGGCCGAAUGCGGUAAACAUAUCUUGGGAGUGAGGAAAUUUAUAUAGACAUCAGGCGUAUAACUUAGAUGUGCCCAAUAAAUGUCGCAGGAAGCGAAUGAAAACUGUGUGUAACAA